AUGUCAACUGCCACAUUGAUGUCGAAAUGCGAUCACAUCCAUCGCACAAAAUGUUUCCUUCAAAGCACAGACACUGCAGCUGUGAAGACAAUACGAAGUGCCGCGUGCUCAGAGCCAGCUCGCUUACACCAAACCAGCCACGGCGCGACUCUAAUCGCAACCCCGCCUCCGGAUCCGGAGCUGGACAUGUUCCUUGCUCCAAACAAAUGA